AGCACCUGCAUCGUUCCUCUCUCCUCCUUGAGAGCUCUGCUGGGCGGGCUUGCUUAUAUCAGACAUAGACGGCAAGGUCGGAGUCACUCGUAAGUGAGCUCGCGAGACUGAUGUCAGUGACGGCUCUUGAGGGCCGAAUGAGAUCAGUGCGCUCUUCAUGCCAGCUUACGGUCAAAGCGGGUAGCGAACAAGAGAAGGGACUAGGGCUCAGGUGCACACCCGUUCGGGGAUCCACUGAGCUAAAAGAAUCUGGCACCGACGUUUUGAGAUUGACAGCAAGCUGGGAGCGAAGGGAGCGGGAGGAGGGUUCCCAUUGUCAGAAGGCUCCUACGAAAGCCUCCUACGAAAGCCUCACACUGAGUGUCGAGCUAACGCGUUCACAUUUCUGGUUGGCGCGUUGAAUCAAGCGACUGGAGAUCACGAUCAUCAGAUGACGUAACACAAUUCGCACUUGAUCAGCAACAUUCAUGUUUGACAAAAUUACUUCACUAUGGUCCCCGUCAUCUACGCCGCAGGCCCCGUAUGACCCGACCAACCCCAAAAUGAACCCACUCAAUCCCGAAGGACUCAAACCCUGUUGUGCGUGCCCACAGACGAAAUCUGCCCGGGAUGAUUGUUUUCUGAACAACGCCAACGGAGAGGGUGACGAGAAAUGCAAAGCAUUGGUCCAGAGCCAUCUCGAAUGUAUGCGAGGUUUGGGCUUCAAGAUCUAAUUUAUGUUUCGCUACUUCAUCUACAAAUCCCACUCUUCAUCCAUGUCGAUGCGCAGCUUCCAGCCCUCUACAUCAAGGUCGGGCUCCUCCACCGCCCAAGCAAUGUCCUCGUCAUCUGGUAUCACACCUUGUAGCUGCACUUCUUGCGGCUUGUCCGGCAGACCGUCAAUGUCAACCUCUUCCUCCUCCGCCUUCAUCUUUCUUUUGAUGAUUUCAGCUUCAUCCUCCUGCGAGAAGUAAUCCAGGUCAACUCCAGAGUCCAGGCAAUGUUGGCUUGCUUACAAUAUCAAACUCAUCUUCCCGUUCUUCGUACUCGACAUUCUCGUCCAGCUCCUCGAAUCCACCGGCAAACGCGCCCCAUCGUUCUGGACGAGGACAAUGCCAGAUGAGAACGUUCCCCUGAUUCGUCGUGGACGCUAUUGACGACUUUUGGGGAUGCCACUGGGUUCAAUUCAAUGACAUGUCGCGGCCCAAGUGCAACGCACUCACGUGGAGAUGGAGCAGUGGUUCUCGUCCGCCGUCCAACGCGCUGGCAAAUUGGCCGUCAUUUGAAAUGUCCCAGAUGUAUAUUUUAUGGUUUGCCGAGUCUGCGGCACCUGCAAGCAUGUGAGAAGAGCUAGAAGUUGACGAUACUCAACGGACGAACCACCCGCCAACCACUCUCCGUCUGGGCUGAACGACAUCGCGUGCCAUGCGGUGCGGCCAAUGGGGUCGUUGAAGCGGUGAGUUGGCUCUAACUCUUGAUCGAUGAUCGGCCCGUCGGGGUACGCAGGAACUGUGAAUUGGCGCAGCGUUCGGUCUGCGCAGUUGGCCACGAGAUAUCUGAUAUUAGAUCAGAAGGAACGACAGGGCCUAGAUUUCGCCUGCGCACCGUCCAUUUCGUGUGAAUUCCAGUCCUUUCAGCGCACCAGCGCCUGAGAUUCGGUGGCGCGCGAUCAUCUAUGCACUGAUUAGAUUCGGAAAUGAGAUCAGAUAGGUAGCAGUACCAAUUUUGUUCGUGUGUUGAAGACGAGUAGGUAUCCUGCAUUGGUGCCCAGGAAUACGUACUUGCCCGAAGGAUCGAAACGCGCGGUCGUUACAGCUGGACUACGACCAUGUAAGCAUCCACUGUAUAUUUGACUCAAAUUGCAACGGACCGGGAUGAUCCUUCAUCCUCGCCUCCUUCUUCCAAGUCGACCCGUCCUCGAAACGCCUUCCGUCGGUCGACCAGGCAAGCUUCGCCUGUAUCGAGCAGAACCAAUACUAUCCGACUGGAUGAUUGUGAGUCCGGUGGUCGACAAAGGAAACACGCAAAAUCACCUAUUCCUGGGGUGGAAAGACGCGGACACAACAGGCGCGUCGAAUCGAAGCGUCGUCGCGCGCUGCAUAGGGAUGUACUCCGUCGCCAGAUCCCAGAUGAUGACAUUCCAGUCUUUGGAAGUCGUGAGUAUGUAGCGGGAGUACCUCGACCAACUGCGCCCGUGCAAGUCAGUCCGGCUUCGUUUGUCAGCGCGCGUAUCGAGGUCCCAGAUCGCUGUAGUUCCAUCCCUUCUCCCAGUAGCAACAUACCGACCAGUAGGGUCGAAGCGCGCGAAGGAAGCAAGAGCAAAGAGGGAGGUUUGGACACUGGUUGGAUGGGUGAUGGUGAAUGGGCCUGAUUAAGAGGUGAUUAGAGAUAAGUUCAUGACCGAGAAAUCCUGGGCACACUGAUAAGAGUCUCGUUCAUGUUGUAGAGCGGACAGACACGAGAUAGGCCUCUUGAUGCAUGACCGCGCACUCAGUUCAGAGCGCACGGACUCACUUUGGCUCAAUCAUGGCAAACAGCUUACGUAUUAUCAAGCACGUGCCUCCGCGGCAGUCAAGACGUAAAUGAUUGACAGCGCACUUGACUGGGUGUCAAAACAGAUUUAUCGCUCUUCCUCCUCGUCCAUCGUGAUGCCUCCCCGAACUUGCGCACUCUGCAACACAAAUAGGGCAAUGCUAAAGCGUCCCAAAACUGGUCAACAGAUCUGUCGUGAAUGUUUCUUCUUCGUCUUUGAAACCGAAGUCCACAAUACGAUAAUCGAAGCCAAGUUGUUCAAACGCGGCGAUCGCGUGGCCAUUGGCGCGUCAGGAGGAAAAGACUCCACGGUGCUGGCGUAUGUCAUGAAAGCAUUGAACGAACGAUAUGAUUAUGGACUCGAGCUGUUCUUGCUCUCGAUCGACGAAGGGAUAACUGGCUACCGUGACGACUCCCUCGAGACCGUCAAACGGAAUCAAGAACAGUACUCGAUGCCGCUUAAGAUCCUGUCUUACGACGAGCUUUACGGUUGGACGAUGGACGCGAUAGUUUCUCAGGUUGGGAAGAAGAACAACUGCACUUUCUGUGGCGUUUUCCGGCGGCAGGCGCUCGACCGUGGAGCAGCCAUGCUGAAUGUGGAUCAUAUAGUGACCGGGCAUAAUGCGGACGAUAUUGCCGAGACCGUCCUAAUGAAUAUCAUGAGAGGAGAUAUCGCUCGUUUGGGCCGCUGUACUCUAAUCUGUACCCAAGGAGAAGACACGAUAAAGCGGUCAAAGCCUUUCAAAUACGCAUAUGAAAAGGAAAUUGUGAUGUACGCCUAUUUCAAAAAGCUCGACUAUUUUUCGACGGAGUGCAUAUAUUCGCCUGACGCAUAUCGGGGUCACGCGCGAGUAUUUCUGAAAGAUUUAGAGGCUGCGCGACCGAGCGCAAUUAUCGACAUUAUCCAUUCAGGUGAAGCCUUCGAGAUCCGCGAGGAAGUCAAGGCUACUCAGAAGAACCCUCAAACGUGUCAGAGGUGUGGUUAUCUCUCAAGUAACGAUCUGUGCAAGGCUUGUACGCUUCUCGAGGGGCUAGAGCGUGGAAUGGCACAGGCUGGAAUUAGCGAUCGUGAUAAAAAGAAGAUGGGAGCCGAAGGGCCACAGCCGGAUAACUUGCGCACAAUCCCUUUCUUCCAGCGUCCGUCAGCGUCUGCAGCGGUUACAGUGGAAUCGGCUGUUUGAUCUCUGUGGUGCACUUCUACAACUCAUAUCCUUGCACCACUCUCGCUGCCUUCUCUCUUCUGCCUCCCAGUCGGUCUCGACAAUGUCUGCUAUUCGUGCUUCUAUCGAUCUCAUGGUCAUAUUCCCUGGCACAAAACUACAGCGUGAUCAGACCCGAGCGAUCUGAACGCGAGCCACUCACGACUCGAUGGGAUUUGCUAAUGCCGCUGCCACUGCAGUAAUCAAGCCUUGUCUGUCGCCCUUCCGGACCUGCGAUGAAGGUCAGGAAGAACAGGACCUAACACGAUGCGGAGUGGAAUACAUUGUAAACGUAUGGUUUCGGCAAAAGUGCAGCCAGAGGAUGCUGUGUUCGCCAACGCUGGGGAUCGUCCGGGUGUUCCUGGUCCCACUCCAAGAUGGGAUUAAUGAAAGGAACCCCUAGACACAGCGCGUUCCACGGAGUCGGAGAUCUACGGAAGACUCAGUGUUUAAACACGAUAACCUCUCGACACUGACAUUAUUGGGUUGCCGAUACCAAUGACAACCCUUGUUCGAGCCAGACUCGCCAUGAAAACAUCCUGAGCAAGCCGGCCUGAGUUGACAUAGUGUGCAGCGUCAGGCAGGGCCGCUGCCAUGUCGUCAAUACCCUCUGAGUCCUCAGAUGGCCCCGCAGCAGCUAGUCUCAGUUGCACGCCAGUAGUUUGUGCAAGAGCAUCGAAAUCGUCCUUCGACCAGGAUGGGGGAAUGCCAUGCAUUCCCUGCACGAAGUAACUGAGCAAUUUCGCGAGAACCCAUGCUUGUGGAGGGUCGUUCGGACGUUCAGACGCCGGAAAAAAGCUGUCUUGCGACACGUUUCCUCUAUAGAGUACCCGAGAUAGGUGUUGUUGGACCUGGGUUCCGCGGGAACUUGAUUCUGGUACGAUUCCGGCGAAAGUAUCCAUGGGGACCAAGUGGGUGACGGGGAAAUGGCUAGCAGGUUGAUCAAGACAUACGCUUAUAGCCAGGAAUCCCCGUGGGAUUUUGGUCAGAGCGAAGACAGUGUGUUUUAUCUCUCCAACAUUCGAAGGUUUGCCAGUCGUCCACGAUCGCGAUCCUGACCAAAUGCGGCAACAAUC